AUGUUCCGCAGCCUGCACGCGUCGGCGGAGCCCCGCUACGAGGCAGUUCUCGACAAGCUCGGCUUCGAGUACAAGGACGGCCAAUUCAGACACAAGAUCGACGGCAGCCUCUUCGGCUACUACUACAGCAUCGACGAGCGCGACAACGACAUGCGCAAGGAAGCCAUGCACGAGGCUAUCCGCAAGGAGGUCGCACGCCUUCUCACGUCCCAAUACAACAUCCAAGAACAGUUCCUUGACGGAGUCGGCGGUAGGAACGUCGGGCGGUACAAACCAACGGGUCCACAUGUGACCAUUCUCUGCACUGAGGUAAGUCAAUUGCGCAAGAAGCGCGAUAUCGUGGUCGUCAUCGGAGACAGCGGCGGCGGCAGCAGCGGUAGCAGCAGCAGCAGCGGGCAGGACGCAGGUAUCUGGGCGUGGCGCGUCGUGACCGGCGAGGGCGGCACGGAGGAGGGUACCGCGCUUGGACUGGCGGCGAAGAUUGCGGCAUACGGCCAGUCUCGUCGCACCGACGAUUUCGACAAGUAUCAAGAGAUUGAGAAGGGCAUGGCGAAGCUUCCAAUCCAGGACGAGGUAAGUCCCAGCUCCUGUCAACGCCAACGAACGGCUACUGACCAUACAGGAUACCACGCCGGGCCUCAUCAUUCUCAACCCAGGCCAGCUCCUGUACUCCUGGUACGAGAACAAGGCCAUGACACAGCAGACCUGGCGCAACCGCGCAAGCCCGGAGGGAAUCUCAGAAGGUUACGAAAUUGAUCCGAAACACAAUCUAGUUUCAGGUAUGUCGACCGAAGUCACGCAUGUUGUCUGGCGACCAGAGGUAGACUGACAAUUCCCAGGCCACCAAGACAACCGCAAGCACAUCGUGACCAUGCUCGAGCACGUCAUUCCGUACAUGGUCAACGACGAGGCCCGCGUCAACAUCAUGGCUGUGGGCGACAGCUGCAGCCACGUCGUCGACCACCUGGAUCAUUCAUUCUUGAACGGUGACGAGGGUAUCAGCAAAUACUUCGAAACUCUCGCUCUCGUCGAGCCCGACUGGCUCCAGGAGCCUGAGCUCGGUAGCGAGAAGCUGCAGAACCAUCUCGUCAAUUGGGGCCGCUGCUGGAUCGAGAGCGAGACCAAGCCGUUCGGGAGUCUAGUCAAUCAUCCUCUGUACAGAUCCACGCGGCCAGUCAUCGAGUACGCUCCAGGCACCAGGUCCAAAGCAGACCACAGCGACGACCCCCAGCAUAGCGCUUUCUCGGACGACAGUGCCGACGAUUCUGACAGCGGCUCCGCCCCUCAUUCCGAAACCAACAGCCCAGUUGAGCGCCGUGACUCGACUGAGCCGUUGGACGAAACCCCACCAGACGCCUCUCCAGUUCUGCAUGCUCCGCCGCCAUCCCUCGCUAGAAGCGAGGAAGAGAUUCCGACGGAGUAUCUCGACGAAGAGAAGGCUGGUCUUGAGCCCACGUACCAUCGCCGCGAAUCUUCCAAAGACGACAAGGUGUUCGUGUUCAACGAGGAGGGAGAGAUGAUCGACAAGACGGACGAGGUUCUGAAUGCUUCUGCCGAAUCUGAGGCCGUCGACGCUUCCAUCGCCACUGUCGAUUUUGAAGACCCCGACACGGUGGAGGAAGUCACUACCGUAGGCCUUCCAACGGACGAGAACGACAAGCUCAUCGAUGAGCCGGAGCCGCCUGCCGACUUUGCGAUUUGCCCCACAUUCAGCGCCGGCUACCACGAUGGCAUCAGCGAGCUGGUAUUUCCUGCCGUGCUCGACCACGUCCUCGAGUUCUUCUGGGAGGUGAAGAAGGAGACGGAGCAGUUGCAGGCCGAUGUGGCCCGUGCAAAUGCUGAGAAGUGA